UGUGUGUGCACUCGUGUUUCUUACUUUGCAAGGUCCGAUGACAGGGAGCCCAGUCACGGUAUGGGGCCCAAAACCCUAAUGGGGCCCAAAAUGGUGGACCCCACUCCGAUUUUGAUCUAAUAUGGCUCUGGAGCCUCCCCUGAUAUGCCUCUUGCUUUUUUUUUACUUGGCCCACAAUGUGAUAAAUUAUGGGUAAAAGUGUAUAAGUGUGUGUGGAGAUUUUGCUCCAUAUCGCCCCCUACAGCUUGUCCUGCGCUAUCACCAAAGAUACACACUUCCGGAAGUGUGUAUCAUUUUAGCCAAUCAGACAUCGCCUUAAAUCUCGUAUGCCAGAUGGUCUCGCGAGAUUUGAUACAUGAACAUAUCAACACUGAACAUGCAGUGGCCUACAUACACCUGGCUCUGAACAACAGAGCCAUCAUGUUAAAAAGGAGGAAGAGGAUACGGCCUGCUGAUGACGCAGUGUCGUAUAUUCUGUCUUCAAGGGACAAGCCUCUGUUCAAAGAAAUCUUUAUUGAUAGUAACAAAGGAAGAGGAGUGUUUGCGAGUCAGCCCAUUGAACAGGGAGCUUUUGUCUUGGAGUACAGGGGUGAACUACUAUCAAAGGAAGAUUGCCAGUCUAGACAAUACUCUGAUAAACAGAAUACAUUCCUGUACGAGUUUCAAUGGCAGAAACGUCACUGGUGUAUCGAUGCAUCCAGAGAGGAUGGAUCCCUUGGAAGAUUAGUAAAUGACAACCACAAAUCUCCAAACUGCAUCAUGAAAAAAAUCAUAGUCAACGACAGGCCACAUUUGUGCUUAUUUGCUGUUAAGAAUAUUGAAGCGGGAACAGAAAUUGAUUACAACUAUGGUGAUUCACAAUGGCCGUGGCGUAAAAAGGUGACAAGCCACCAGACAGAGACGCUCCCUGUUGAUCAAACAUCCCAUGAGGAUUCAGACAUUGAUGCUGCUACCACACAGAUGACAAGCCACCAGACAGAGACGCUCCCUGUUGAUCAAACAUCCCAUGAGGAUUCAGACAUCGAUGCUGCUACCACACAGGUGACAAGCCACCAGACAGAGACGCUCCCUGUUGAUCAAACAUCCCAUGAGGAUUCAGACAUCGAUGCUGCUACCAUACAGAUGACAAGCCACCAGACAGAGACGCUCCCUGUUGAUCAAACAUCCCAUGAGGAUUCAGACAUCGAUGCUGCUACCACACAGGUGACAAGCCACCAGACAGAGACGCUCCCUGUUGAUCAAACAUCCCAUGAGGAUUCAGACAUCGAUGCUGCUACCAUACAGAUGACAAGCCACCAGACAGAGACGCUCCCUGUUGAUCAAACAUCCCAUGAGGAUUCAGACAUCGAUGCUGCUACCACACAGGUGACAAGCCACCAGACAGAGACGCUCCCUGUUGAUCAAACAUCCCAUGAGGAUUCAGACAUCGAUGCUGCUACCACACAGAUGACAAGCCACCAGACAGAGACGCUCCCUGUUGAUCAAACAUCCCAUGAGGAUUCAGACAUCGAUGCUGCUACCACACAGGUGUGUACUGUCAAAGGUGUUUCCCUUGUGGAUUAUCUGUUAACUGAUGAAACAGAUGAGGAUUGUAUCGAAGACCAACCUCUGACUCCACACUGUGAUGACAUUUUUGGAAAGCAGAGUAGGAGUGAAAACAUUCUGAUGGAUAGAGUAUCCGAUUUUUCUGAGCCUCUGUAUGAUUCAAAUGAGACUAAAGUGGAGGAAACCGAUGAAGAGGAUUCUAUAAUAGGCCAUUCCAGUGUGCAAGCAGAUGGGGAACUUGUUCCAAAGCUGAGAAGGACGAAAAGCAUUCUGGUAAACAAACUGCUGCCAAACGAAGCUGGACACCAGAGGAAUGUGCAUGCAUGUGAAUGCAUCAUGAUGAGCCAAGUUCCAAGGAAAACAGACUGUCAGCGCUGCAUUACUACCGAACCUCAAGCCCUUGCAAAUAGAGACUGGAAAGCAGUUAAAUUCUUCAUCAAAAAUCGAAUUACUGCCCUGAGGAGAAGAAAACUAUAGUGACAGCACUUCACUAAACGGGUAGAAACAUUAGGCUGGAGGGAGAACCCCUAAAAGUGUUUGUGCUCUUUCUCUAGUAAUUAGGGGUCCAAGCCCGAAGUGGCAUGGGAACCGCAUUUGCAAGGCAGUUUUAGUAGUUUUUGUUCUCCUUGUAUUCUUCUUGUGUUGUCCUGUUAGUUAUUUUUUGUCUUCAAUAUAAAAAGCUGAUCCAGACCAAUCCAUAAUAUUAACUUUUGAAGAAAAAGUUUAUAUAAAUGUUUUUUUUCCACUUUAAAUUUAAGUUUAAAUGGACGGAUAGUUCUUUAUACUUUUUAUUCUUAUACUAAACUUUUUUUUUUU